GACUUCAAGGUGGAGCUCGCGAAGUGGCGCGCGAAGAGGGACGAGGAGCUGAAGGACGAGCCGCCGUUCGUGAGCACGAUCGAGGAGCGGCUCGCCGCGGCGCUCGCGGAGGACACGACGCUGCCUCCGAAUCCGAAUCCGAUCCCCAUCCCGCCGCUGCCGGACCUCAGGCGCGUUCACCCCGAUAUCAUCGCUUUGUGUGGACCCUCGACCCUCAGGGAGCUCGCGAAGAUCUCCAACCUCGAGCUCACGGACGAGGAGAUCGAGGAGUGGACGCCGCAGGUGCACGGGAUCAUCGACUGGUUCGGGAAGCUCAACGACAUCGACAUCGAGAAGAUCACGAGCGACCUAGAGACGGAGACGGGGCUGUACCGCGACGACUGGUCCAUGCCGCUCGCGGACGACGUGACGUUCGAUUUCGAAAACCGCGAGGCGAUGAUGAACGAGGCGGGGGAUAACUGGCAGAAGCCGUACGUGCGCGUGCCCAAGGUGGACGUGAAGGAGAACGCGGAGAUGAUGUCCGUUGCGGAGGACGUCGCCGCGGCGACGGCGACGGCGACGGCGAAGGCGGCCGCCGCCGCCGCCGCGGGAGAGAAGGACGGAGAAGCCGCCUCCGCGUCGUCGGGAGCCUCGCCGCCGAGCGAGAACCUCCUCGGGAUGGAGUUCCUCGUCGGCAGAGUCCUGAAGUGCGAGAAGCAUCCGGAGGCGGACAAGCUGUACGUCGAGACGAUCGACUGCGGCGAGGAGUCGGGCCCGAGGACGAUCUGCAGCGGUCUGGUGCCGUACAUGUCCGCGGCGGAGAUCCAAGGGAAAAACGUCGUCGUCGUCGCCAACUUGAAGCCGCGGAAGAUGUCCGGGAUCGCCUCCGCGGGGAUGCUGCUGUGCGCGAACAACGGCAUGGACGGCGACGACAGAGUCGUCGAGCUGCUCGUCGUCCCGGAGGGCGCGACGCCGGGGGAGCGGCUGACGUGGGAGGGCGCGACGAACGACCCGCCGCACGGAGGGAACAAAAUCGCGAAGAAGAAAAUUUGGGAGGACGUGCAGCCCGGUCUGGAGACGAACGCGACGUGCGCGGCGGCGUGGCGCGGGAACGCGCUCGUCUCGAGCGCGGGCGCGGUGACGUGCGCGUCCGUGAGUGGCGGGAAGAUCUCGUGA